AUGAUCGGAGCAAGCAAGAUCAAGCAGUACUCCAAUGUCCUCGAGAAACCCCUAAGCAAGGGCAAGCAGGAGGUUAGUUUGAGUGCAUUUGCAUUUUUAUUCUCGGAGCUUGUUCAGUAUAACCAGACGCAGGUUGACAACAUUGCUGAAUUAGAGCGAAGGUUGGAGGAUGCUGGAUAUGCUGUUGGGGCUCGAUGCCUAGAACUUCUUUGCCAUAGAGAGAAGGGUAAUCGACGUGAAACACGACUCUUGGGGAUUUUGUCUUUCGUUCACAGCACCGUUUGGAAGGUUUUAUUUGGCAAAGUGGCUGACUCCCUUGAGAAGGGAACUGAACAUGAGGAUGAAUACAUGAUCAGUGAGAAAGAACUCCUUGUCAACAGAUUUAUAUCCAUUCCAAAAGACAUGGGGACUUUUAACUGUGGGGCUUUUGUUGCUGGAAUAGUGAGGGGUGUGUUGGAUAGUGCUGGUUUUCCGGCAGUGGUAACGGCUCAUUUUGUUCCCAUGGAAGGCCAGCAACGACCUAGGACGACUAUUUUGAUAAAAUUUGCGGAGGAGGUGCUAAGAAGAGAAGCAAGGCUAGGCUAA